CAAAACAAACAGACAGUCGAACAGUAUGAUAACCUUUUAUCGUUUCAUUUUCGGAAACGGUGUCGUUACUUGUUUCGAAUUGUCCGAUAUAUCUUCAGGAUAUUUUUAGAUUACGCAGAAGCUGAGUCUAAUCCAGAAUGACAUUUAUGGAAAUGAGUAGCUCAUGACUCAAGUAUGGAUCAACACUUAUUCAGCCUUCUAUCAGCUAUCGACUUCUUUGUCAUCCUGUCAGCAUUCAUAGUCGCAACAGAUUACGCAGAAGCUGAGUCUAAUCCAGAAUGACAUUUAUGGAAAUGAGUAGCUCAUGACUCAAGUAUGGAUCAACACUUAUUCAGCCUUCUAUCAGCUAUCGACUUCUUUGUCAUCCUGUCAGCAUUCAUAGUCGCAACAGAAAGCUCACGGUGGCAGUUCCAGUUUCCAGCUAAUUACUCGCGAAGGCAGAGACCUCUAUUGGACCAGUCUCAGCCAAUCACAGUCCAGUAUAAGAUCACCAUCACACAACUUAUUGCAUUGGACGAGAAACAACAAGAAAUGUGUUGCAAAGUUUGGAUUGACCAGAUGUGGAGAGAUGAAUUUAUCAUGUGGGACAGAGUAGCAAAUGAAUCAGACACAAACUCAACUUCAUCAAAUUCGUCUGAUUCAUCCAGUUCGUCGGAUUACACUAGUUCUCCUGAUUCGCCUGGUUCUGCUUUGAGGCCAGAGUGGAUGGCUUUCCGACCGGGCGAAAUAUGGACUCCAGAUAUAGCCAUUGACAACAGCAUCUCAGUGGAGCGUGAAAACUUCGACAUCAAAGUGUACUUUGACGGGAACAUCUGGUGGUCGAUGCCAGCUAUUACCAGAACUACGUGCUUCAUCAAGAGCGAACAGUUUCCCUUCGAUCAGCAGGAGUGUGAUAUCAUAGUUGGCAGUUGGUACUACCAGCCUACAGAGAUAAACUUAAUUGUACAGGACAACUCGACCAAGAUGGAGUUGAAGUAUGCGGCUGAGAAUGCACAGUGGGAGUUCCUGGACUCUUGGAUCCUCACUAGAGACGAGACUCACGACUCCUACGACAUGGUGUUCCGAACUGUGUGCUUCAGAGUCCGAUUCCAACGCAAGAGUCUCUACUAUUGCCUCAUUCUCAUUGUACCUUAUGUACUCAUUAGCUUCGUGUCGAUCGCCAACUUCAUUCUGCCGUGUGAGAGCGGCGAGAAGAUAGCUCUAGGAAUCACAGUUUUGUUGUCUCAGUUCGUGAAUCUACUCAACCUCGUGGAUCUCAUCCCAGAAUCAUCCGACAGCUUCCCCAUUCUAGGUCUCUACUACCUGGUGUCUAUGGCACUGUGUGCUCUGUCUGUGAUCCUGACUGUGAUCAUCCUCAACAUACACUUCCAGGCAGACAACUCCAAGAGACUCCCCUUCCCCCUGCGCAUGCUGUUCCUACACUACCUCAGGGGGGUAUUUCUACCAGACAACGGAAAAUCAAUCUUGUCCAAGGAUAGAGCACACAACUGGGAGACGAGCGACAGAGUCGAAGACGCAUAG